GUUGCGUAUCAACAACACGGAAGCUCCUUACAUGCAAAAGGUCCAAAACAGACAACACCCUGCUGUUAAGUCGUCUCAAAACGCGUUUAAAGUACUUGUAGCCGCCUUACGUUAGUUUAAGUAUAAUAUUUUGCUUUAUUUCGGUACUGACAGCUUGUGAGCGAUGAUGGUUAUGCUUCUGUAGCUGAGCUGCUUCUGUCGCAUUGAAAACACUGAAAACAACGUGUUAGCAAACUAACUAGCAGCCCAGGAAGAUGCCUGCUCGCAGUGUUGUGUCCCAGGGGAUUUCUAACAGCAAAGUUAGGUACUCCAGGUUAGCCACUGAUGAUGACGGAUACAUUGAUUUACAGUUCAAAAGGAGCCCACCCAAAGUCCCAUACAAAGCCAUCGCUCUCGCCACUGUCCUCUUUUUAAUCGGCUCUCUGUUGAUCAUCAUCGGAGCCCUUCUCCUGGCCGGUUACUUUGGCGUCAAACACACAGACCGAACUGUGCCGGUCCUCAUCAUCGGGAUCCUCGUCUUCCUGCCUGGAAUUUACCACCUACGGAUAGCUUACUAUGCAUCAAAGGGCUACCCAGGGUACUCCUAUGAUGAUAUCCCAGACUUUGAUGACUGAGCUACAGUGCAGCGUCAGCCUCAGUCCUGCUGUGCUAACAUGAAAUCAUACACUGUGUUGCUUGUGCUGAAUUUAAAGUAGUGACACCUUUAAAGAAAAGGAUGUCUCAUCAUUCCUCUUAAUUAUAGCGUUUGUCUGGAGGAUUUUUAUGCCUCCGUAGCAAUCCUAAGCUGCUCUUCUGAAGCCAGAUCAGUAUAUUGUUUAAUUUGUACAUUUGUUUUGAUAGCUUGAUGAGUAAUAAACCAAUAUUUCCUUUU